UGCUUCCAUAAACAGAGUUCUCACACCAAUACAAAAGAGACCAUCACCGUGAGAAAGAGAAGAAGAACAAAAAAAGUUAGCCAUGGCAUCAAGAAGAGUUUCUUCGCUGCUCUCUCGCUCUUUCAUGUCCUCCUCACGUUCUAUCUUCUCUCUUAGAGGCAUGAACAGAGGAGCUCAAAGAUACAGUAACCUCGCUGCUGCUGUCGAAAACACUAUUACUCCACCAGUGAAAGUUGAACACACACAGCUUCUAAUCGGUGGAAGAUUCGUUGAUGCAGUGUCAGGAAAAACUUUCCCUACUUUGGAUCCAAGAAAUGGAGAAGUGAUUGCUCAAGUGUCUGAAGGUGAUGCAGAAGACGUGAACCGCGCGGUUGCAGCUGCACGAAAGGCUUUUGAUGAAGGACCAUGGCCUAAAAUGACAGCUUAUGAGAGAUCAAAGAUACUGUUUCGUUUCGCUGAUUUAAUCGAGAAACAUAAUGAUGAGAUUGCUGCUCUUGAGACUUGGGAUAAUGGGAAACCUUAUGAACAAUCUGCUCAAAUUGAAGUACCAAUGCUUGCUAGGGUGUUCCGGUACUAUGCUGGUUGGGCAGACAAGAUACAUGGAAUGACAAUGCCAGGAGAUGGUCCACACCAUGUGCAGACCUUACAUGAGCCUAUAGGAGUCGCUGGACAAAUCAUCCCAUGGAACUUCCCUCUUCUCAUGCUUUCUUGGAAACUUGGACCAGCUUUAGCUUGCGGUAACACCGUUGUUCUCAAAACUGCUGAGCAAACUCCUCUAUCUGCUCUUCUUGUUGGGAAACUACUUCAUGAGGCUGGACUUCCUGAUGGAGUUGUGAAUAUAGUUUCUGGAUUUGGGGCUACUGCUGGUGCAGCUAUAGCUAGUCACAUGGACGUUGAUAAGGUUGCUUUCACCGGGUCUACUGAUGUUGGGAAGAUUAUUCUUGAGUUAGCUUCAAAAAGCAACCUUAAGGCAGUGACUCUUGAGCUUGGAGGAAAGUCACCAUUCAUUGUAUGUGAAGAUGCUGAUGUGGAUCAGGCCGUUGAGCUUGCACAUUUCGCUUUGUUCUUUAACCAGGGACAAUGUUGUUGUGCUGGUUCGCGUACAUUUGUACAUGAACGUGUGUAUGAUGAGUUUGUAGAGAAAGCUAAAGCUCGUGCACUCAAGCGAAAUGUUGGAGAUCCCUUCAAGUCAGGCAUUGAGCAAGGUCCCCAGGUAGUCAUACCAUCAUUUAGAAACCGUAGCCUAACCAUGUUGUCGGUGAUAAACAGAACAACAUUUCAACUUGUAUUGGAACAAAAAAACAGGUAGACUCAGAGCAAUUCAACAAAAUCCUGAAGUACAUCAAACAUGGAGUUGAGGCUGGAGCCACAUUACAAGCUGGAGGUGACAGGCUUGGUUCCAAGGGUUACUACAUUCAACCUACUGUCUUCUCAGAUGUGAAAGAUGACAUGCUCAUAGCAACAGACGAGAUUUUCGGGCCGGUUCAAACCAUACUGAAAUUCAAGGAUCUUGAUGAGGUGAUUGCAAGGGCCAACAACUCAAGGUACGGUUUAGCUGCUGGAGUGUUCACACAGAAUCUUGACACAGCACACCGGCUGAUGCGAGCACUCAGAGUUGGGACUGUUUGGAUCAACUGUUUUGAUGUACUUGAUGCAUCAAUUCCAUUUGGAGGGUAUAAGAUGAGUGGCAUUGGUAGAGAGAAAGGUAUCUACAGUCUCAACAAUUACUUGCAAGUCAAGGCUGUUGUUACUUCCCUCAAGAACCCUGCCUGGCUCUAAACCAUACCAGGUGGUUACACUUAUUUCUCGAGUUUGGUUUAUGAUUUGCACUUUUGCUUUGAAAACCUGGAGUUGUACUGUGUCUCUAGGAUUUCUAGAUUUUGAGAGUAAUUUAUCUUCAAUACAUUUUGCAAAUAAAGCUACAUGACAAUGUGUGAUUAAUAAACACAAACUCUUAUUAGUUUCA